CCGCAUCAUCCUUCACGUCGUAGCCAGUUUGGCUCAAGCUGUUUUUUUAGACCGUUUCGGCCAUACGGACCUGCGCGUCUUGCUCGACCAUACGGGCGCAGCCAUGGUGGACUGCCGCGUAUACGUUGGCAACAUUGACUGGAAGGUCUCCCAGCGGGAGUUGCAGAGCCACAUGGCUUCGGCUGGCGAGGUGGUCCGCGCGGAAAUUUUCGAGAGCGGAUUCGAGCAGGACGACGGCAGGUCGAAGGGCGCCGGGAUCGUCGAGUACAGGACCCCCGAGGCCGCCGAGAACGCUAUCGCCACCCUCAACGACUCCAGCCUCGGAGCGCGCCCUAUCUUCGUCAGGGAGGACAGGGGCAGCUCUAAGGGGAAGGGCAAGGACAAGGACAAAGACAGGGGCUACGACAGGGACAAGGGCAAGGGCAAGGGCAAAGGCAAGGGCAAGGGCAAGAACGUCAACCCAGACGACGAGGGGCGGCUCCUGUACGUAGGGAAUCUGCCGUUCCGAUGCUCUUGGCAGGAUGUUAAGGAUGUCUUCAAGGAGGCCGGGCCGGUGAUCCGCGUCGACAUCGCGGAGGGCCCAGACGGGAGGUCCAAAGGCUACGCCACGGUCUUGUACGAGACCGAGGACCAGGCCCAGGGCGCGAUCGACAGGUUAAACGGGAGGGACUUCCAGGGCCGCAGUCUCACGGUCCGAAUGGAGACGUUUGGCUGA